GACACCACUAUAAAACCACCGAUGAACUUGAAAAAGGUACAAACGUUCCAUUUGUCUUUACUUGGGUAACACGGUUACUCGAGCAACGAACAUGAGGUCUUACUUGUGUCUUGCUCUUCUGGCUCUCACACAAGCCCGGCCGGAACCCCCAAGUGGUUACAGUUACCCCGCUCCCUCCAUAGGCCUUGGUGGUGGACAUGGACCCAUUGUUGAUGGAGGCACCAUUGGAGCUAUCGGCCUAGGAGGCCACGGAGGUGGUGGAGGUCUCUCCAUUGCAGGAGGCAGCAGCGUAAGUGGAAGUUACCACUCUGGAUCUUCCUCAUUCUCUUCAGGUCAUGGCUCCCACGGAUUCAGCUCUGGGGGAGGAUUCAGCUCAGGAAGUGGAUUCGAGUCAGGAGGUGGAUUCAGCUCAGGUGGAGGAUUUGGUUCAGGCGGUGGAUUAGGAGGAGGAUUCGUUUCAGGCGGUGGAUUCGGAGGAGGAUUCGGAUCUGGCGGUGGAUUUGGAGGAUUCGGAUCAGGUGGAGGCGGUGGUUUCGGCUCCGGCGGAAGCGGUGGUUUCGGCUCCGGCGGAAGCGGUGGAUUCAGCUCCGGCGGCCAACUAGUCCAAAAACACAUCUACGUCCACGUACCCCCACCAGAACCAGAAGAGUUCCACCCACAGAGGCCAAUUUCCAUAGCUCCACCACAGAAACACUACAAAAUCAUCUUCAUCAAGGCUCCAUCAGCACCCACUCCAACUGUACCUACUAUUCCUCUGCAGGCGCAGAACGAAGAGAAAACUCUUGUAUACGUGUUGGUCAAGAAACCUGACGACCAACCAGAAAUCCAAAUUCCUACUGCCAUACCCACUCAACCUUCCAAACCUGAAGUAUACUUCAUCCGUUACAAAACUCAGAAGGACUCGAGUGGUGGUGGAUUUGCGUCUGGAGGAUCCGGCAGCGGUGGACUUUCCCUGGGAGGUGGCUCGAUUGGAGGAGGAUCACUCGGAGGAGGAUUAAUCGGAGGUGGUUCAAUUGGAGGAGGAUUAAUCGGAGGUGGUUCAAUUGGAGGAGGAUCUUUCGAUGGAGGUUCCAUUUCUGGAGGUCAUCUGUCUGGCUCUUCCGUCUCUUCUUCAUUCAGCAGUGGCGGUUCGUUUGACUCUGGCAUCUCUCUGACCGGUUCAAGCCAUAGCCAUGAACAUAGUCAUAGCCAUAGUCAUGGUCAUGGUGGCUCAUCAUCAGGCUCUUCUGGCAUUUCUUCCAGCUACGGACCACCAGGACACAUUAGCGGUGGUCCUCACUAAGCAACUAGAUUGAAUUGCAAACGCGUAGGGCUGGGUAGCUCUGUUUUAGGGCUUCUCAGUUGGACUAAAGACUUUCGAGAUGUGAUAAUCUCAAUUUCGUUCUUUGUACAUAGUUCAUUUUUAUAUUUAAGUACUUUUUUAUAAUGCUGUUCAUGUACAGUCUCUUAAUCAAGUGCGGUGACAAAUAAAUGUAUUUUU